AUGAUUGAUGAAUCCUUGUCUAGAACCCUAGGAAGACGACUCAACUUCCUCAUGAACCUUCUCUCCCCCCCUACUGAACCAGCCCCAGCUCCUGCAGCCCCCACCACUGAACCAGCCCCCAGCUCCUCCAGCCCCCCAACCACUGAACCAGCCCCAGCUCCUCCAGCCCCCACCACUGAACCAGCCCCAGCUACUCCAGCCCCCCACACUGAACCAGCCCCAGCUACUCCAGCCCACCACACUGAACCAGCCCCAGCUCCUCCAGUCCCCACCACUGAACCAGCCCCAGCUCCUCCAGCCCCCACCACUGAACCAGCCCCAGCUCCUCCAGCCCCCCCCACACUGAACCAGCCCCAGCUACUCCAGCCCACCACACUGAACCAGCCCCAGCUCCUCCAGCCCCCACCACUGAACCAGCCCCAGCUACUCCAGCCCACCACACUGAACCAGCCCCAGCUACUCCAGCCCCCCACACUGAACCAGCCCCAGCUCCUCCAGUCCCCACCACUGAACCAGCCCCAGCUACUCCAGCCCCCCACACUGAACCAGCCCCAGCUACUCCAGCCCCCCACACUGAACCAGCCCCAGCUCCUCCAGCCCCCCCACACUGAACCAGCCCCAGCUCCUCCAGUCCCCACCACUGAACCAGCCCCAGCUCCUCCAGCCCCCCACACUGAACCAGCCCCAGCUCCUCCAGUCCCCACACUGAACCAGCCCCAGCUACUCCAGUCCCCUUCACUGAACCAGCCCCAGCUCCUCCAGCCCCCCCCCCACACUGAACCAGCCCCAGCUUCUCCAGCCCCCACACUGAACCAGUCCCAGCUCCUCCAGCCCCCACACUGA